AUGUCACAGUUACAACUUGAUAUUUUACAAAUUUUGGAUAAGGAAGGAUCUAUUCCAAACUCAUUAGAUAAUGCACAACUUUUAAAAAUCAACCCCAAUGACUUGCAUUCAAAUUUAAGUUCACUUUGGUCAAGAGAAAUGAUUCAAUUUGAUAAAAUUGAAACUGAUCAUUGGAUAUUAACUAAAGAAGCUGAAGAUUAUUUAAAAGCUGGUGCUACACCAGAGAUACAAGCUGUUGAUGAAGUUUUAAAAGCUCUUGGGGGUUUAACUAUUGGAGAAUUGAAGAACAAAUUAGGUGCAAUUGGUGCAAUAGGUCAAGGUAAAGCUUUUAAAAAUAAAUGGUUGAAGAAAGAUGGAGAUAAAUUAAUUGCAGAAGUUAAAGAAUUACCAAAGGAUGAUGUUUUAAUAGAUUUAAAAGAAAUACAAUCAAAGGGAAAUUUAUCAGAUAAAUCAACGGUAACAGAAUUGAAAAAAAGAAAAUUAAUUAAUUUAACCAAGAUAGUUGGAUACAAAAUUACAAAAGGUGAAAAAUUUGCAUUAGAUAUAAAAUCAUUAGAAACAGAUAUAACAUCAGAUAUGGUUCAAAAUGAAACUUGGAAAGAUGCUCAAUUUAAAGAUUAUAAUUUUAAUUCAUUUGGUAUAAUGCCACAAUCAGGUGCAUUACAUCCAUUAAUGAAAGUACGUCAAGAAUUUCGUGAUAUUUUUUUUGCUAUGGGUUUCACAGAAAUGGCUUCUAACCAAUAUGUUGAAUCUGGAUUUUGGAAUUUCGAUACUCUUUUUGUACCACAACAACAUCCAGCAAGAGAUUUACAAGAUACUUUUUAUUUAAAAGAUCCUAAAGUUGCAAAAGAACCAGAAGAUAAAGAAUAUUGGGAAAAUGUUAAACAAGUUCAUCAAGAUGGUAAAUAUGAAUCAAUAGGUUAUAGAUAUCCUUGGAAAAAAGAAGAAUCAUUGAGGAUGGUAUUAAGAACUCAUACAACUGCUACAUCAGCUGCAAUGUUACAUAAAUUAGCUAAGGAUCCAAAACCAACAAGAUUAUUUUCAAUAGAUAGAGUUUUCAGAAAUGAAGCAGUUGAUGCAACACAUUUAGCUGAAUUUCAUCAAGUUGAAGGUGUUAUAGCAGGUUAUGAUAUAACAUUAGGUGAUUUAAUUGGUUUUAUGGAUGAUUUCUUUGGUAAAAUGGGUGUUGAUAAUUUAAGAUUUAAAGCAGCAUAUAAUCCAUAUACUGAACCAUCUUUAGAAAUUUUUGCAUAUCAUAAAGGUUUAAAAAAAUGGGUUGAAAUUGGUAAUUCAGGAAUGUUUAGACCAGAAAUGUUGGAAACUAUGGGAUUACCUAAAAAUUUAAGAGUUUUAGGUUGGGGUUUAUCAUUAGAAAGACCAACAAUGAUUAAAUAUGGUGUUUCUAAUAUUAGAGAAUUAUUAGGUCAUAAAGUUUCAUUAGAUUUUAUUGAAUCUAAUCCUGCUGCUAGGUUAGAUGAAUUAUUGUAG